AUGGUGAAACAAACAAAAGACGGUAAAGCAAUGGCAACACCGAAAUCUGCCACCAAAACGCUGUCAAAAACUCCAAAGAAGGCCGAAAACACUCCUUUGCCAAAGAAGUCGCCGAAAACCCGAGCGCAAAAGGCUGCUGCUGCGACACCCGCACCGCCGACUCCAAAAACUCCGCCUACUGUUUCUAAGAAACAAAAAAAGAAGGCUGCGAUCGUAAUUGAAGACUCUGAUGAAGAUGUCGUGGUUGAGAAAACAGUUGAAUCAACGAAGGUUGUUCCUAAAAAAGAAGAAAUUAAAGAAGAAGCAGAGGCGAAUGAUGCUAAAACAAAGUCUAACAUUAAAUCGGCUCCGAAUAAGAAAAAAGUUUCGACUGCACCAGCAGCCUCGAAGAAACACUUUGAUGCUACUCAACGAAUCCAAGAAGCAAAGGAUCAGGCCCUAUCAGCGAUCAGUUCACUCAAAAAGUUCUUCGCAGAUAAAAACGACAAAUCAUUGUUUCCGGACGUUGAUUAUGCAUUGUCUAUUUCCGUGUCAUACAAGAAACCAGCUAUUGUCACUGAUCAAGGAAGACUCAAGAUCCAGAUUCCUAAUUCGGGAAAAACAAUUAAUAACACGACUAUUUGUGUUAUUAUGCCGGACCUUGAUCAGUCAGAUGAUGCGAAGCGGGAAUUCGAUGUUGAAAAACAAGCGCGUGAGUGGGCUGAUAAGAUUGAGAAGGAUCAUGGAUUGACGAAUGCUCACAUUACGAAAAUCAUGACGAAGAGAGAAGUUGAGCGAGUCGCGCACACGUAUAAAGAUCGACGAGCACUUGCUUCUCAAUAUGACAUGUUUCUCGCCGAUGAACGAAUCUACAAAUCAACUCAAACAUUUUUGGGGAAAGAGUUCUAUAGAGCGCACAAAGCUCCUCUUCCGUUCCGUUAUGAGAAGCCAAUGACAACGACAAUUGAGAAUGCGCUUCGAACUGUCAUCUACCCACUCAAGAGAUAUCUUCCGCGUGUCUCCGUCAACGUUGGUCAUCUCGGUCAAUCGACUGUUGAGAUCCAUGAAAACAUUUCGGCUGUUCUCGAUGCUAUCUCGAAAGGUUGUCCCGGAGGAUUCUUCAACAUUCGAAACAUCUAUUUGCAUCCGUCUUCUGCUGAUCCGCAACUUCCAAUUUAUGCUGAUGACGGAUCUGCUACGGAGAUCAAACUUCCAUUGUCAUCGAAACGAGAUAACGAGAAGCUGAAAGAAGUUGUUGAUGAUUGCAGCACAUUACCGGAAGGACUAAAGCUUGCUGUGAGAAAUAACGGAAGAAUUCGUGUAUUGAAAGAAGAUACUUCCGAGGCAGUGCUCUAUCCUACAAUUAAAGAUGAAUGGUCUGAAAGAGACAGCAUCAAAGUUACCAUCGAUCCUGCUAAAGUUUUGAAAAAGAGAAUCAAGAGAAAGAAGACCAAGGAAUUCAAGGCCAAGCAAGCUUUGUUGCGUGCCAAGGCAAAGGCUAAAAAAAGGCAAAGUGGCAUCAUCUCCAGUGCUCCGGAACCGAAAAAGACCAAGACGAAAGCAUAUUACACGGUGUGUGCUCUGACAUAUCCAAUUUACGUUGGAAUCAACUAUAAGAGUUAUGUUCCUGAUCGAGCACAGAUUCUUGGCGGGAGAUCUCUGCGUGACGAAAUUCUCAAUCCCAAAAAUGUGAAGAAGAUUUGA